AUGCCCGACGCCGCCCUCUAUCUGCUCCCUGGGCUUUACGCUCGGUCCUCCCCGCGCUCUGCUAGUUUGCACGCCCACUAUGUCCCUCCUGUGCACGCCCCUCGCCCUCGCCGUAGCAUCCUCACCGAGUCUCUACUAAGGCUCGCUGAGUCGAGCUCCGAAGAUUCCCAUAGCGUUGUGGAGCAGCUUUCCUUGGUCGAGCUCACUAUCAAGCCCAAGGAGCUCCACCUCGCGUUUGAUUGCGGUACUUUGCGCUCUAGCAAGUACUCUCGCUUCAAGCCGCUCCACAUUUCGUCUGCGCGCAUGCGAUAUGGCGGGGGGAAGCUGUCGAUGGGUCGCUCAGACACCGCGACGUACAUUGUCUGGGGCGCCAUCCUCGCACUGGAUCCAUCCGAAGGCACAGGGCCUGACUUCACUGUCUUCGACGUUCCCCCACGGCAUGUCUUCGUCAAGAUUGCAGUAGACGAGGAAGGCGGAGAGGACCUGCGCGAGGACGCCCGCUUGCAUCAGCAGCUCGUAGACCGUGGACUGCGGUUAGGUUACUAUGGGAUCUUCACUGACAGUAUUGGAAGCACCGCAGUCGUCACUGAAGACUUCGACGGCGAGACGGAUGUAAUUACGCCCACCUCAAGUCCGUGA